UCAUCCAAAAGACUGAUUCUCAGUGUCUUAGAACAAAUAACCUCCAGUCUACAGUUUGUUUUAGUCAUGGACACGUUAGAUUUUUUCCUCCAGUUUUUCAGUUCUACCUCGUUGUUGGGGGUUCUCACAGUCCUCCUGCUUAUAUUUUUCACCUUUUUCUCCAGUUUCAGUACACAGAAGCCUCCAGGACCCAGACCACUUCCCUUGCUUGGAAACCUGCUGCAGCUGGAUCUGAAAAGACCCUACAACACAUUACUGGAGUUUUCAAAGAAAUAUGGAUCAGUCUUCACCAUCUAUCUGGGACCAAAAAAAGUGGUGGUUCUGGCAGGAUACAAGACAGUGAAGGAGGCACUUGUUGACUAUGAUGACGUCUUUGGAGAGAGAGUUCCAUUGCAAAUUUUGGAUGAUAUUAGCCAAGGCCAUGGGGUUUUAUGGUCCAACGGCGAUUCUUGGAAAGAAAUGAGACGUUUUGCACUGACUAAUCUCAGAGACUUUGGGAUGGGAAAAAGAGCAAGUGAGGACAAAAUAACUGAGGAAUGUCAAUACCUCGUUGAAGGAUUUAAGAACUUUAAAGGACAAGCUUUUGAUACAACCAAACCAAUAAAUUGUGCAGUCUCUAAUAUUAUCUGCUCCAUUGUAUAUGGCAGCAGAUUUGAAUAUAAUGAUCCAGAGUUCACAUCGAUGCUAAAUCGACUGAAUAGAAAUGGUAAAAUUCUGGGCUCUCCUGCGAUACAGAUGGAUGACAUGUUUCCAUCACUCUUCAAGUGGACCGCUGAUAGGAAGGAAUUCUGCAAACUGACUGAUGUCAGUAGGAAGCAAAACCUCGGCAUCUUCAACCAAAUUAAAGAGACUCUGAAUCCACAGAUGUGCAGAGGCUUUGUGGAUGCCUUUUUGGUCCGCAAGAAAAUGCUGGAGGAGUCUGGGAUUACCAACAGUCACUUCCACGAUGAUAACCUUAUGCUAACAGUCAUGAAUCUGUUUGCUGCCGGCACUGAAACAACAUCAACUACACUGAGAUGGGCACUUCUGUUUAUGACCAAGUAUCCAAAGAUACAGGAUGAAGUCCAGGAGGAGCUGAGGAGGGUCAUAGGAGAUCGACAGGUGCAGGUCGCUGACAGGAAAAACCUGCCCUUCACUGACGCCGUCAUCCAUGAGACACAGAGACUGAGCAGCAUCCUCCCCGCUGGACUUCCUCACAAAACCACCCGAGACAUCACUUUUCAGGGUCACUUUAUCAAGAAGGGAACCACAGUGUUUCCUCUCUUGACAUCUGUCCUGCAUGAUCCCGACGAGUGGGAGAGACCACACAGCUUUUAUCCCACACACUUCCUGGACAAAGAGAAAAAAUUCAUCAAGCGUGAUGCCUUCAUUCCAUUUUCUGCAGGUCGCAGGGUUUGUCUCGGAGAGGGUCUGGCCAGGAUGGAGCUCUUCCUCUUCUUUGCCACCCUCCUGCAGCAUUUUCGCUUCACUCCUGCACCUGGAGUUUCAGAGGAUGAAUUAGAUCUGACUCCAAGUGUGGGCAUCACUCUCAGCCCUUCACCUCACAAACUGUGUGCUGUUUCCCGAAUGUGAAGAACAGAUAUUCUCCAAAAACCUUUCAUGCUCUGUUUAUAGAUUUCAGCUCAGUUUGAUGCAAAAUUUCUGACUUAUGUUUGCUAUUUUAGGACAAAUUAUAUGGAAAAGAACUAAACUCUUUUAUUGCUGCUUAAGUUCCAAAGUUAAUGUACUCACCAGAUAAGUAAGCAGACCUUAGCUACCCUUUACCUGUAAAACAAUGAACACACCCUAGAGUGCAGCAAUAAGUAGAAAAAUCACUUUAACUGAAACACUUGAUGAGUCACCUUAGCAAGUACACCACAGUCUGCAUGUGGAGGUGAGGCUGACUACAGAGUAGUAAUAUUAUGGUGGCUUUUUUCACCAUUACUUUUUUCAGUGUUUCCCUUUCACUCUUGCUGCUUUCCUUUUGUCACAUAUCUCUACAGACGAUCACUUUACAUGUUUCAAAUGAAAGAAAUCAGCUGUUUGAGUGUAAUCGUCCUCUCCUUUAACAACAGUCUGGUGACCUUCUUUUUGUUUGUUUUAUAAAUAUAUAAAUGCAACCCAAAAAUGCCACAGUAAUUAAAUCACAUUCAGAGAGAGAGGUGCU